AUGUUGGACGGUAGACCACCGAUGCAAGCCGUUCGCGGGGCCGGCGGGGUGGCGGCGGGGCGGGGGGAGCGGCCGGGGCGGGGACGGGUGCAGGGGGGGGGGGGGGGCUGUUGGACGGACACAAAGGAGAGGCGCGGCCGGCCGCGGGCCGGGCGGCCUUAUCACCGAACGGCACACAGUCGCCUCGCGUUCCCCGCGACGCACGUUUCCGCGAGCGCGAACCCGAACGGACCGCAACGGACCGCGCCAGUGUCUUGUGACAACUUUCGUAUACACAAGUUGCUACAAGUGAAUCGCAAAACGGCCGGGCUGUCAAAAAUUGUAAACACAGCGCACGUGACACCGGGCAGCAAAAAGCGCCACGCCAAAAUGGCGACCAAGGGCAAGCGUCCGAUGCGCGCGCUGACGCCGAGCGACAAGAUCGAGGCGAUCCAGCGAGUGAACGACGGCGAGUCCAAGGCGUCCGUGGCGCGCGACAUCGGCGUGCCCGAGUCCACGCUGCGCGGCUGGUGCAAGAACGAGGACAAGCUGCGCUACAUGACCUCGCGGCUGUCCUCGCCCGACACCGACAAGAGCAACGACGGCGAGCCGCCGGACAAGCGCGCGCGCACCGAGUCGCCGGUGGCGCCCCCGUCGCCGGCCGCCGCGGGCCUCGACCUCUCCUCGCCCCCCGGCGCCCCCCACGCACUGCCGCCGGCGGCGCCCCCCGCCAUCGACGCCCCCGUCGAGCUCACGACCAAACGCGCCGAGCCCACGGUGCAGCACUCCGCCCCGCGCGACCGCCGCCCCGACCCCGGCGCCAGCGUCUCUAUGAGCGCCAUCAGCCCGCUGUCCGGACUGGCGCACCUGCCCGGCCUAGCGCACUCGCACCUCGGGCUCAGCUUCAACGAGAUCGCGACCAACCUCACCCUCCUCGCCCAGCUCAACCCCGGCCUGACGGGCCUGUCGGCCCAGCCGGCCAGCCGGGCGCUCCGCUCGGUGCGUUCCCCGAAGCCCGCGCACAACGGCGUCCUCAACUUGAACGAGAGCAAACACCGGAGCAAGUCGCACCACUCGUCCGACCCCUACCGGCACAGUAGCUCCAAGACGAGCCAUCACAGCAGUUCUCAGAGCGCCAGCCAGCCUGUGGACGACACCCUGUGGUACUGGCUGAAGACCCAGCAGGCCAUGCUCGACCUGACCGCUCAAACGACGACCGCUCACCCCCUCCAGCUCGGCAAACCGAGCGAACCGAGCCUGCCGCCGAAACCUGUGGCGCCCGCCCCGCCCCUCAACUCACACCUGGAUUACAACAGGAACUCAUGGUUGUGGCAAUAUUACAAACAGUUCGGUGGCGCCGUGCCGCUUCCCGAAGACAAACUGAAAUCGGCGUCGCAGGUGCCGAAGGACAAGACCGCUGAGAAUAUAUUAUACUCCCAAUUGACCAAAGGAAAGGCUGACGAGGAGCAAGUGGCGGCCACGAACGCGGCCCCAGCUCCGACGCAACCUAGCGAAACACGGGAGCACUUGGCUGAACAGAGAGUGCCCGAGCAACGGGUGCCGGAGCAGCGUGUGCCUGAGCCCGUCGCCAGUCCCGAAGCGGCGGCCGAGAGCAAGGAGCCCCCCACGCCCGAGAAGAGCGCGGAGGCUGGCAGGCACCAGACCAAAGCGCGGAAUGUGCUGGACAACCUGCUGUUCAACAACACGGGCCAGGCGGGGGGCGAGGAGGGGAGGGCGAGCGAGGCGGCCAACGGCGAGUGGGAGUCGGGGACGGCGGAGGCCCUGGAGCAUGGCGAGAAGUUCCUCAGGUGGCUGGAGGCGAGCGGGGACCCGAGCGUGACCCGGAUGCACGUGCACCAGCUGAGCUCGCUGCUGCACAACCUGCGCACGCGGCGCGCCUCCCACCCCGCGCCCCACGCGCCCCACGCGCCCCCCGCACCGCCCGCGCCCAGCGCUACCCAAGAGCACGCCGCGCGACGCAAA